AUGGAGCCUUCGAGCAAGAUGGAGUUUUUCCAGAAGCUGGGCUACGGCCAGGAGGACGUGGUCAGGGUGCUGGGCAAGCUGGGUGAGGGUGCCCUGGUCAACGACGUGCUGCGGGAGCUGAUCCAGACUGGCAGUCGCCCCGCGACCCAGGGACGACCAGCAGGGGGCGCCGCCGCCGCCGCGGUCCCACUGCUCGUCCCUCGGGGUUCCUGUGGCCGGUCAGACUCUGUCCAGUGCAGGCUGGGGACAGACCCCGAAGAGGAGUGCGGAAGCCCAGCGGGUGCCUUGAGACCCAUAGUGAUUGACGGCAGCAACGUGGCCAUGAGCCAUGGAAAUAAAGAAGCCUUCUCUUGCCGGGGAAUCCAGCUGGCUGUGGACUGGUUCAGGGACAGAGGACACACCGCCAUCAAGGUUUUUGUCCCAUCCUGGAGGAAAGAACCAUCGAGAUCUGAUACCCCUAUUAGAGAGCGGCACGUGCUGGAGGAGCUGGAGCGGCAGGCCGUGCUGGUGUACACCCCGUCCCGCAGGGUGGGAGGCAAGCGGGUGGUCUGCUACGAUGACCGCUACAUCGUGAAGGCGGCCUACGAGGAGGACGGCGUCAUCGUCUCCAACGACAACUACCGAGACCUGCAGAGCGAGAACCCCGAGUGGAAGUGGUUCAUCGAGCAGAGGCUGCUCAUGUUCUCCUUCGUCAACGACAGGUUCAUGCCUCCUGACGACCCCCUGGGCCGCCGCGGACCCACCCUGAGCAACUUUCUGAGCCGGAAGCCCAAGCCCCCGCCACCGUCCUGGCAGCACUGCCCUUACGACGACCUGGGGCUGCUCGGGGUGCACUUCCCGGCCCCCGGCUGCGACCUCGCGACAGGGCUUCGCUGUCCCGCCUGGGUAUCCCCUGACGGCCUCCUCUCCGGGGCCUCGCCGUCCCCGCGGGCAGGACCUCCGUGCCCCGGGGCGCCUGGACCAGCCCUGCCCAGCCUCCUAAGCCCCCAGAGCCGGUUUGCCCUCAGCGACCACGCACCCCUGUCCGACCCGCAGGGUGGAUUCUGCCCCACGGACCUGCAGAGUGACCUGCUUCCCCCUCGCAAGCAGUCCAAGGAGGCGUGGGUCCUUCCACAAGAGUUGGACCGUUUCCCGGGCCGCUCGGCCUGGGCAGAGUCGGGCUGGGGCGACUGCACCUUUGGGGAACCCUCUGGGUACGCGCCCGCAGCUGCCGACUGUAUGUUGGACAAGCGCACCCAGGUGCGCACUGUGCUCUGCUGCAUCUUCCCGCCAGAGCAGGUGGACCGCGUGAUGGCCUUGUUCCCUGCACAGUCUGACAUCACCAGGCUCAUCCUCCUCAUCCAGAGAUUCCAACGGGCUGCUGCGCCGCUGGGAACCCCCUAAGGAACUCGUCUAAAGGACUGCGAGUGAUGUCCCAAUCUCCCCUGCAACGUGGGCCGAGUGGGCCGACGGUUACAAGCGUGAACCUGAGCCAGCCCACCCUGUAGGGCCCCCUUUUCUUUAAAGAUACUCAGGGAAGCCUAUUUCCUCAUCCUCAGCGCACCCGUUGUGGCGCUUGGUGACCCUCACUGACUCUGGCCGUGCUGCGUUGAGGUCCAUGUCCUGGGGGAAGAAGGUUGACCACAUCCCCAGGGGAGUGGUUUCUUAACGGGGUGGCAGACUACAAGCCCCACUGCAGCCCCAAGGGUUUGUGGGAAAUAGUUCAUGGCUGUUUUUCUCAAACGGCAAGUGAGACCCACAGGAGGGUCACAACGUGAAUUUAGCGGGUCAGCACCAGAAAUGGAAUGGAAUGGACCAGUGGGAGGACACCCCAGGUAAUAAGGCUAGGUAUUAUUUCCUAAAACUUAUGUUUGUUAUCUACAUAUGUGCGUGUCUGUAUACCCUUGGUAGCCUUGUAAAAUUUUCUUAAUGUGGGUCGUGGUCACAAGUUUGAAAAAAUACUGGUAAAUGGUCUUAAAUUUCACUGCAUCAAGUAAUGCUUGAAAUAUGUAGUCAGAUGGCCAGUGGUGGUUUGGUACCUGGAGGUUUUCAUGUUUCUAACCUCACCCACAAAGGGAAUCAGUGUUCUAACUUUGAUGUGGGGGCUCCCCUGUGGUACCGAAAUCUCCUAGUUGUGCGAGUCUGUGGAGGUGUGGCCCGGCACUUUGUCCUGAGGGCUUGCCUCUGGGGCCUUUACCUUCUUUGAACAUGCAUACCACACACGUCCCACAAAGAUAUCACACACAUAGCACAUACACAUACACCACAUAUCAUAUACUUACCACACACACCACAUGACCACACACAAACAUCACACACACAC